GGGAAAAAGCUUAACUGUGAAGAUGAUAGAUCCACUAGCAAACAACUUGUUUGAUCUUCCUGAGUAUGAUGAUACAGAAGACGAAACUUUUCCACCUCUUCCACCUCCUUCCUCCCCAGGGAGAGAUGAUGUUGAAGGAGCUCUCGCUAAUGAAGAGCAAGAUGGAAAUAAACCAUCCCAAACGGAGGAUUCUACUGUGUCUAUACAGAAGGCAGUUAAAAGGCCGAUACCUAAAUUAGAUGCUCAAAGGUUAAUUUCAGAGAGAGGACUUCCAGCCUUGCGACAUGUAUUUGAUAAUGCAAAAUUUAAGGGUAAAGGACAUGAGACAGAGGACUUGAAGACACUUUUACGACACAUGGAACACUGGGCUCAUAGGCUGUUUCCUAAACUGCAGUUUGAUGAUUUCAUGGAGAGAGUAGAGUCUUUGGGAAAUAAAAAGGAAGUUCAAACCUGCUUAAAGCGAAUUAGACUUGAUCUUCCAAUUUUGCAUGAAGAUUUUACAAGUAAUGAAGGUAGUGGAGGGGGAAAUAAUGGGCUCAAAAUGUCUCCUGAAGAAGAAUUAGACCCCUUUUCUGAACACGUGAAGGAAGAAUUUGAUUCUCACUCAAGUACUGCCCUGACAGAGGAGCAACAGCGAAGAAUGGAGAAGAACCGGCAACAAGCCUUAGAAAGAAGACAGGCAAAGUUGCAAUUUAACAGUCAGUCACAAGAAAAUGAUCUGUCUGCCACUCCGUCCAAUGAAGAAUUUAAAACAAUUGUGGAUCAGGAUCCAGCUGACCUGACAGAAGUAGAAAUUCAAGCUACUGAUAUACAACUUAAAGGUGCAGAAGAAAUCAAAUAACCUUUCCAUCUGGAUACAAUGACGUUUUAGAAAGACCCAGAUCUCUUAAUAUGCUCAAGUGUCACUGACUUCUCCCCCCUCCCCUUUAAACCUUGGAUAUGCUAUGGAAAUCUUAUUCAUGACAUCAAUGUAGCUGGAUAAAAUUAAUCCAUUUCUUUGUGUAAAAAAGCAGAUAUCGGCUCUAGUAGCUGUUUUUUCCAACACCAUAAUUCAGGAAAGGAAGCUAUUUCAACUUUUUUUAAAAAAAAAAAAAAACUUGCUUUUUCCACACUGACAAAGGUAUCAGUGAAAAUAUUGAACUAUACUAUGAAGUGACUUUUUUUUUUUUUUUUUUUUACAAUUCCUCAAGUUUAACUUUCCUGAGUCUUGGAAGCCUGAGUUUGUAUAAAGUUUUUUACAUCAUGUUAAUUGUGGGUUUUUUUGUUUGAUGGGGUUUUUUUUAUAGAACAUAAGUGAUGGUUCAGUGUCAGGAACUUCUUGCUCAGUAUGAACAUGCACCCUGUCUUAACUGUUCUGAAGCAUUUUGUAACAAUACUUCAUUAUGAAAUGCUUAUAUUUUAGUAAGUUAUUUUAUACAGCACCUUGAAAGUUAUUAAAUUUUAGAAACCAAAUUUGAAAAAUAUUCUCUACAUGCACUCAUGAUGGGCCACGCAGAUUUGUUGAUCAAAUCUGCUCUAAACCUACUCUACUCAUUUGUGUUGCUUAAGUCAUGAGAAAAUCACAUGACAGGAAGUUAAGUAGCUUCAGAUUUACAAUUGUUAAAGCAUUUGGGGGGGGGUAUUGGAUAGUGGACUUAGCCAUUCAUCAAAUCAUCUGAUAAUUCUGGUUAUCCUUUUAAAGGAUUUUUGCCUUCUACAACAAGUGCUAUGUAUUUAUUCCCUUAUUUGAAUUUUUAGAGAAGGGAGUAAACAAAGAAAGCUUGCAAAACUUCAUUGAAAAUUAAGUUUAGAAUAGGUUUUUUAAUUGUGGUAGUAUACCAAUACAGGAAAGUUGAAUGGACUUUCUGAAGGAAUUGGAUGUUUAACUUCCUUUUCUGCCUUUGAAAACCUCCCCAAAUAAAUUGUUUGUUCAGAUGAUAA